AUGCUGUCAUCCCUUGAACCCCUGGAGGAGAGAUUCAGACAGGUAGAAGAAGAAAGUGAGAGGAGGGCCAUGCAAGAACAAGAAAUGUCGGCAAAUGAGCUAGUUGGCCCUGAUUUAGUCGGUUCAAGCAGGCGGGGACACCAACGGAAGAGGAGCUCUGUGUCGGUUUCACGAUUCGGCCAGCCUUCAAACAACAAUAGCGCAAGUAGUUCCACUUCACCCACACCUUCACUACUUGCUACUGUUGCCCACAAGUCGACAUUCUAUCAUUCAUUAGCAAACCCCAGAAGCAUGGACUCCUUCAUUUCCGAAGGCUCAGAAGAGGAAUCUCACCAUUUAGAAGACGACCAGCAGGUGACACAAGUCGAACAAAUACAUGGCCGUCAGCCUUUCCAAAAGACAGUUGAAGCCAUACUACCCCGACGUAUGUCUCGGUCGCGCUCAUCAAACGUACUCUCGCCGAGCACGCACCUGGUCAUUGACGUCUCUGUCGAAAAGGCAACAGUGGAUGCUGGAUACGCGCGCUCUGAGGAGAUUCACACCACCACCAUCCACGCAACCAAAGCAGGAGAGCCACGCCCUAGAACGUCUCGGAGUAUUAACUGCACUUGGCGCCAAGCCACUGUCAAAUGGGCUAGUAGAACGGGCGAAAUGUUUCGCUCAUUUUCUUUCGCGUACACGUACAUCCAUGCAGGAUAUGAUUUCAUGAAUGGAUUGAGCCAAUCAUCAUUCAGUCGCCUUUGCUCCGCUGACAAUUAUAUUGGUUCUUCACCGCCAAAUGAGCUGCGUUCGUACUUCAAGUCCAUCAAAUAUGCACGUAUCAUCCCACAGACGUAUUGUGGACAAAUGCACCCCACGGGACAAUCUUCCGCAGAUACACAAGGCUGGAAGCAUCUGCCAACUCCCAUCCGACCAACCUUCCGCCCGCGUGAUUACGCAUCACCGCCCACUGCGGAUGAUGUCUCCUCCGAGACCCACACGAACACUUUCAAAGUCCUACACCGCUCGUUACAUAACCUUGAUUUUGAUCCAUCUUGCCUUGAUCGCCUCGAUGAACAGCUUCUCCUUUCGCCUACUGAGUCAUUUGUCGACGUAUGUUACUCUGAAGCUGUUCACGACAACGAUAUUCCUGUUCCUAAGCUCCAACCCAUCCAACCUCGUGUACGUAAAGGCACGAGGCUAUAUGACCGUACAGCUGCCACUGAUGAAGACCCUUUCCACGAUUGGGAUGAAAAUUACUCCGUCAAAUUCAAGAAGGGUCGCAAAAAACCAUUGCCCUCACCUCCGCUCCCACAACUGCCCGAAGCAUCACCUCCCAGAACGAGUCACCAGGACUCGAUGCUCGCUCUUCUGGAGUCACAUAUCCUAUAUCACAAUCCCAACGAAUCUGUUCACUUUUUCCCAGUUUCUACGCAACGCUACAGUGGGGAAUCGCGAAAAUCCUCUCUCGAAGCUCCCUCCGUCACCUCCGUGGGGUCGAAUGGCAGAUUCAGACGCAUUUCUGAUGCACUGACCGGCCGUUCUCGGAGACCCACUGCUUAA